GCGCUACGAUGGCGACACUGACAGCCGUGGUCGCUGAAGGUAUGGCGACAUACUGAAAGGUCUGGACUCUCAAUAAAAGAUAGCCUUGGGAUUCUUCAGAAAAGAUACGAUGAUGCGACUUAAAUUCUGUGUUACAACCACUUCGGCAUCUUUGCCUUUCUACCAUCACUACCAGUGCCGCAAAGUUUAAGCUGCUCAAGUCACAACAAUCCAUACAUCAUUGAAAGACCAUGGCAUCCGACCCUAAUGGAGAGAAGUUGGCAGCUGAUGUUGCAGUCAGCUCGCUGAACGCCGUCCAGAGACCUGCCGACCCUCCUGAGCAGGAUGCCGAGAACCUCAAGAGUGUAUCGGCAUCUGACGAUGUCGGUCGAGAGUACUAUCUGCUGAACAAAAACGAGGAGAUUUCAGACGAAGAGAAGAGACAUGUCCGCAACAGAAUUGACCUCUUUCUCCUACCGCUCAUGAUGGUCACAGCAUUUGUGCAAUACUUGGACAAGUCUACCAUCAACUAUGCGGCCAACUACGGUUUGCGAGAAGAUCUCGGGAUGAAGGGCACGCAGUACUCCUGGGCCAGCUCAAUCUUCUAUUUCGGGUUCUUGGCGUGGCAAUACCCCUCCCUCCUUCUCCUGCAGAGACUGCCCCUUGGCAAGUACUUUGCGUCGCAGGUCAUGGGAUGGGGUGUGUUCACCUUCUUGAUGGCCGCAGCAUCGAAUUUUGGAGGUUUUGCCACUCUACGAUUUCUCCUGGGGGCCGCAGAGUCGAUCCAGCUGGCAGCAUUCUUCAUCAUUACCAACAUGUGGUACACUCGCGAGGAGCAGACGAUCCGUCUCAUGGCAUGGUAUGGAAUGAGCCCCCUGGCCAUCAUUGCCGGUUCCCUCUUUGCCUACGGUGUGGGCCACAUCGACUCUGAUAUUGGCCUUUGGAGGUUUCCCUUCAUCAUCUGCGGUGGUCUCUCCGUCGUUUGGGCAGUGGUUCUCUGGUUUGCACUCCCAUCCAACCCCGCCGAAGCUUGGUUUCUAUCGGAACGGCAGCGUGUUGUGGCUCUCAGAAGAAUGCAAGAAGUAGGCACCGGCGUAGAGUCGAAAAAGUUCAAGAAAGAACAAGCCAUCGAGGCUGUGCUCGACCCCAAAGUCUGGUUGGCUGCAUUUGGCGUGGGAGCUGGCAACAUUCUGAAUGGCAUUGGUCUGUUUCAAAGCCUUGUGAUCCGGGGAUUCGGCUUCACAGCCCUGCAAACUACCCUUCUGCAGAUUCCUGUUGGUGUCAUUGAGUUGAUUGCCCUCCUCGUCUUCUGUACACUUGCCACCAUCAUUCCCAACUCCAGGCUGGCACUCUCUGUUCUGUGCAAUGGCUUCUCAAUUGUCGGAUCUUGCAUUCUGUACGCCUUUGACCUGAAAGAGCGUUGGACUUUGAUGAUAGGUUUCUGGGUCAUGUUGGGUUUCAUCCCCUGCGGCUUUUUGCUGGGCAUGGGAACGAUCUCUGGCAAUAUUGCCGGGCAUACUAAGAAGGUCACGGCGCAGGGCAUCAUGUUCGUCACCUACUCUGUGGGAUGCAUCGUCGGCCCCCAACUGUACACAUCGCCUCCUUACCGACAGGGCCUCAGGGCCAACAUUGUCGCCCUGGUAGUCGCCAUGAGCUGCAACUUUGCAAACCUGCUGUACAUGGCCUGGGAGAACCGAAAGCGCAAGCAGUUCUUGGAGGCGAACAGGCACCUGCUCAAUGAGGACGACUACACGUUCCGCGAUCUGACGGAUAAGCAGAACCCUUUCGUCGUUAACGCGCUCUAGGGCUGUGAAUGGGCCUCGUCGUCUGGAUAGUUGGCAUUCCUGACCCAGUGCUUGUCUGCAAGCAAUGAGGGGUGCGCAGCUUCCGAGGAGAUCUUGAGGAUGGGCUAUGCUAUGGCAAGGGAUUCAUAUUCAUGAAGAGUGUAGCCAGACUAAAGAAUCACAUGUCCAUACUCAUC